UCCCUCCCAGCUCGCAGCGACUGCGGAGGAAAGAUUCGAUUACACGUCGAGACACACUCCCACUUGAGUAAACGACCUAGAAGCCAUCAUGCUUUCCCCAGCUCACCUCGCCUUCGCUGCCGCCCUCCUCCUCGUCCUCCGGCUGCCAGCGCAGGCCGUCUCCGCCCGCCCCAUCGUCGCCGGCAAGCCAGCCCCCUCCGAUGCCGCCGGCACCGCGAGGUGGCUCGCCGCCCAGAACACGUGGGGCGUACUCAGCACAAUUUCGAGUGAACUAAGUGGAGCUCCAUUCGGCAAUGUAGUUUCAUAUAGCGAUGGAGUUCCAGGUGAGGGCUAUGGAAUCCCCUACUUCUAUCUGACAACUCUGGAUCCCACUGCAAGAGAUGCACUGGAGGAUGAAAGGACCUCCUUUACCCUUAGCGAGUUCCCUCUUGGGACAUGUGGGAAGAUUGAUCCUGAAAACCCCACGUGUGCAAAACUUACUCUUACUGGAAAGUUGAAGAUAGUUGACCUUCGGUCAUCUGAAGCGGAUUUGGCAAAGUCAGCACUUUUCACCAAACAUCCUGAAAUGAAGGAUUGGCCAAGGAACCAUCACUUCCAGAUCUUCAAAUUGGAAAUCGAAAACAUAUUCCUGAUUGAUUGGUUUGGGGGUCCUAAACCUAUAUCCCCCUCCGAAUACCUUGAAUACGGAAGGAACCAGGGCUCACUGAAGUUAUCUUGAGGGAAGAAUGCUUCACAGGUCAUUAUAUCGUUUGUGUAUGAUCUUUAAAUAUAAAAUCCAUACUGUAAAGUGUAAAGACAUCUCUACACGCCGAAUAAACUAAGUGUCGUGUUUGUUGA